AUGGGAUUGGAUACGCACCCACGGGAUCGGAUCCGCCACUUGUUGGAUCGAUUCCAACUUCACUGGAUUGGUUCCACACAUGUGGGGAUCGGAUCUGCUCACAGUGGAUCGAUUCCAAGCUGUAGCAGAACCCUUCCGAGCCACCUACGACCUCCACCAGAUCUGUUCCAAGCCACCAACAACCUGCAUCAGGCACCAUCUCCUUCCACCGUUGCUAGAUUUCUCAAAUUCUCAGGUCACACGUCCGACGACCCAGACGUGCCCGACGACCCGGACGUGCCCGACAACCUGGACGAACCCGAGGACCCGAACGAGCUCGAUGACACGGACGGGCCCAACGACCCAAACAAUCCCGACGAACCAGACGGGCCCGACGACCCAAACGGGCCCGAUGACACAAACAGUUCCGACGACCCAAACAGGUCCGACGACCAAAAUGGGCCUGACGGUCAAGACGACCCCGAUGACCCGAACGGACUUGACGACCUAGACAGGCCAGACAACCCGGACAAGCCCGACGACUUGGACGAGCUCUACGACCCAAACAAGCCUAACGACUCGGAUGGGCCCUUCCAAAUCAUUAGGCCCGACGAUCCAGACGAGCCCAAUGACACUUACGACUCGGACGUGCCCGACGACCCAGAAGUGCGGGACGACGCAGAUGGGCCCAACGACCCGGACGGGCUCGAUGACCCAGAAGAGUCCAACAACCCGAACGAGUUUGACGACCUGGACGGGUCCGACGACUCGGUCGGGACCGAUUACCCAGACGAACCCGACGAUCCAGACGGGCCCGAUAACUCGUACGGGACAGACUAUCCAGACGGGUCCGAUGACUAA